UGGGAGUAGCGUGUCCUGGUCACUGAAUAGCGAGUUACAGGGCAAUCAGUCUGUAUAACAGGCAGAUCAUCAGCAUCCCAGGCUGUCCCAGCCCUUCCUUCCAGGCACUUCCUUAUUUCCUCUCUACUCCUGCGCUGCUGGGAGGGCUGAGAGCUUAUAAAGCACAAACUUCUGAAAUAUGACACAGAUCUCAGUGAGUGGAGAUCAGGAGUCCAGCAAUUUGGACACUCACUCCUCUGCAGCUUGGUGGAAAAGCCACCCUUCUUGUCCCCAGACUUGUGUCAGCUGGAACACUGAGAUACAAUGUUGCUGAUUUUCCAGACCUUUUUUGGAAUCCUUGCCUCGGCUCAGUUUGCAAAUCUGGCUCCCACUGAGCAGCAAUCUCCGGACUUUGUAUGCAUCAAUAAGUCGUGUUAUGUGAUAUCAUGGAACAGCAAGAAGUAUCAGGGGGCCAGCAAGUUGUGCAAGAAGCAGAAUGGACAACUGAUGGAAGUGAAGUCCUCAGUGGAGGCUGAGGUCAUCAACAUUCUAAUGGAGAAGGCUGAGAGAGAGUCCAGCAGGGUUUGGAUUGGUCUGGAGUUACCUCCUCGCCUACAAUGCACAGAUCUCAGCAAACCUUUGAGAGGUUUUACCUGGACCACUGGUGACAGUAACACAGAUUACACCAAAUGGAAGGACAAUGAGAGGAAGUGUGGACCUCGCUGUGUCUCUGUCAACAAAAACCAAACCUGGGAAGAAUCAAACUGCGAAGACAAAACAGAUGGAUUUGUGUGCGUGCUCAGUUUUCCCCAGUCCUGUUUGCCCAUACCCCCGUCUGAAUGGUUCAAUGUUACUUAUGAAACACCUUUUGGGUUAAGUGAUGGUAGCUCUUUGUUUCUGCCUCCAGGCACCUCUGCUUAUGUAUCAAAUAUCGCCUUCCCUCUUGUGUGCAAUAACACUGGAAAUGGGACUAUGCGGUGGACCUCUGAGACACCUGGAGCCUGGAACUGUGUGGUAGAAAAUGGGGGCUGUGAGUUUAUAUGUGAUGGUAUGGAGACACCAGUUUGUCAAUGUGAAACUGGACGUUUAUCCCUCAAAGAUGGUAGAACUUGUACUAGGCCAUGUGACUCCAACCCUUGCGAGCAACAAUGUGUCCAUGUGCGUGAAUCUGAAUACAAGUGCAUGUGUGAUGAGGGCUAUAAGUUAGUGAAUAGGACCAGGUGUCAAGAUAUUGAUGAUUGCGGAGCCCACCCUGAUAUCUGUGACCACAUCUGCAUCAAUACCCCUGGUAGCUUCCUCUGCAAGUGCCACCCAGGCUUUGAGAUGAUAGAUGGGCAAUGUGAAGACAUUGAUGAGUGUGACAUGAGUAUAUGUGAAGACCAGUGCAACAAUACAUAUGGUAGCUAUAGCUGUAGCUGCUCAGGUGGUUAUAUAGUAGAUGAUAAAAACCCCAAUAAGUGCAAGCAAUUCUGUGGUCAGCGGUCCUGUGAAGCUUUGUGUGAUCCAAAUGAUGGCUUAUGUAAUUGUCCAGAUGGGUACGUUCUGGAUGACUUGGGAGCAGAAGGCAAGUUCUGUGUUGAAAUUGACGAAUGCGAUAAUGAACCUUGCAAAGGAAUGUGUAUAAACAACCAUGGCUCUUUUGAAUGCAUUUGCCCAGAGGGAUUCACCCUAGAGAAAGACACAUCUUGCACCUUAAAUGAUGGACCAACAACAGAAAUGCCCCCCAUCCCAACUAAGCCACCAACCCCUGAAAGCCUUACCCUCCAACCAGCCAUGCUUCUUGGCAUCUGCAUUGGUAUCUUGUCCAUGCUUACUGUUAUCAUAGCUAUCAUAUGUCAUAUGGUGAGAAAACACUACAUGGACAACCAUGCAAUGGACUACAAUGAGAAAAGUCUUGAGAAGGAGGUGGCAUUGCAACAAGUCAAGACAGUGCCCCAACACAAACUCUGAGAACAGGGGGAAAACUCUCUCAUUUGCUAGGGAGAGUGAAGACUAUGCAGGGUUUCUGAACUGGAAAAGGUGCCUCUGCUGAAACCAACAGGAUCAUUUCAAAUGGGCAAGUAGGGGGUUAACAAAAAAAAAAAAAGUAGAAAAAGGGUGAAUACAUGCACUCAUCUCUUGUGAUGCCUACUCUCUUAUUGCUCUUUGUUAGAGAUUGUAUUACAACAUGGGCAGGGAAUUACUAUUUCAAAGAAUAAAAAGGAAGUUUCAGUGUUAUGCAGACUUGUACUGGGGCAUUAAAACUUCACUGACAGAAUAAUGAGUUUCAAAUUCCUAUGUGACUGGAAGGUUACAUUUUGGGCAACUUUUUCAGUAUGAGGAGUAGGUUUAGAAAAUAUUGGAGUGUCUUGAUAUUUACAAUGUUUCAAUUCCCUAUGACUUGUGUAGAGGAUACAUGUUGGACAAAUGUCUCAAUGUGAGCAAAAAACAAUCAUGGGUGAGUUAUUUUAUUAUUAAAUGUACUAGAUUAAUUCAGUGUAAUAAUUGGGCAGAUGGUAGACCCUCUCCAAAUAUUGUAGAACUCCAACUCCCAUGAUGCUUUACCAGUCAUACGAAUAGGACACCAUAAUGGGAGUUGUAGUCUUUGCUAGCUAGGAGUCUACCUUUUGGCCACCUGUGCUGUGAAACAUUGUGAUCCAAGAUGACAAUUAAUCACAGGCAAUAGGAGGUGACUGGACAUUUAGGCCAUUAAGCAGUUCUCACCACAAGUGAAAUCCUAGGUAGAAAUAAAUGUAACUAUUUAAUAUUUGCAUUUGUUUUCACACCCCAUGUUCCAUCGUUAUUCCAUGCGUCCAGAGCAUUUUUAAUCAGAUUGAAAUGGUGUUUCAUUAAUGUAGGAACUGUGUUAAAUUAACCUUGUAGGUUAAAAUAUUCCAACUGGGGGAACAGUUGAUAGAGAGAGAUUUUUUUCUUUCCAUUAACCCAUUCCCAACUUAAAUUAAAAAUGCCUUAAUGUCAAUUCUCUAUAACUCACAAUUUAGUGAAUAAACCCCAAAUGUGUUGCCAAAGAAGGGAAUAAGUAUCAAUAAUUAGAGGGGCAUUUUCAUCAUGUGUCCUAUGUGUUGCUAUAGCAACAGCUUUAGCUUGCAUGGCAAAGUUGUUCAGAUAACUGCUGUUGAUGCUCUGAAUAGUUCUGCAAUGUCUUCAGUGUUUGAUUUGUUUGGGAUAAAUCCUUAGAUUUAUCCCAAAUAGGCUCUGUUCAUAAAAUCUAUUUAAAUUGGACUUUACAGUUUACUGUAAAUAAUGUAAUACAUGGUCUAUAGAGGAAAAAACAAGGCUUUGUAGCAGAAUUUUGAUCUAUACAUCUCAUUAUCAAACUAUGCUGCCUUGCCUUCAUAAAGGGGGGUGUGCAGAGACACCUCAUUCUCUUUUGAGCAAAUACCACUGCCUGCAUUCUGCAAAAUCCCCAAGCUUUUUAAUAAUUAGUUAUCGGAAUAUUAAAAAAAAUGGCAUUGACCACCGUUGAUGCCAACAGGCAUACAGUGUGUUUAAAUAUGCACACAUAAUUCUAGAUCCGAUGGAUUCUGAUUGGGUUUAGUAUGGGAUGUAAAAAUGCAAGAACAUUUUACCUUGCAUCAAAUUAUCACUGAUUUCUUUCUGGGCCUUUUGAUUGGCUGCGGUCUCAGCAAGGCCAAUCAAAAAAAAUAAAAAAAUCUUGUGUUCCAAGUCAAAUAGACAAGUAAUAAAUAUAAAUGGUUCUCAAGCAUUUUUUAAUACAAUCUUAACUCUAUAACAGUAGAUUGUUUUUUUUAAUAAGAAACAUUUUUUUUUUCUCAAAUAGUAAGGCAAUAGUUCCAUGAUUACAAUUAUCACUGGGGGAUAUAUACUCAUAAAUAAGUAAUCAGUGCUUGAAAUAUUCCUGAGCAUUUUUUUGUUUUUUUUCAUAAAGAAUGAGUUAUGUCCUGAGUUGACAGCUAAGAUUUUCUCCAUCUUAAAUAUUUUUUUCUAAAAUUUUAGCACUCUUGUCAUAUCACCAUAACCUGCUAGCAAGUGAAUAAUACACUCCCUUUAUUAUAUUAUAUUUGGAACAUAGAAGGUAAACCAUUAAAACAGGAAUUGGAGAGAACUGACAUGUAAGCUGUAUAUUCUAGGCCAAAAAUUCCAUACUAUAAAAGUUUUCAGCUGCUUUUUCAGCUAGGAUGUUUUGACAUAGAUUUUGCAGUUCCCUUGUCAGUUUUGUGAGUAAUAAUUGCACAUCAUAGUUGUUACUACAGUCUUUCUACGAAAUCAAGAUCAGGUCUUGUAUUAAUUUUCCCACAUCAAAAAAGCACAAGGGCUUAUUUUCGGGGGGAAAUGGUAGCGAGUAUGUACUAGAAAGCAGGUCUACGUUUGGGGGAAUUCCCCCGAACAAAGAUGAGUUCACUAGUGCAUGGAAUCCCGCGAAUCUAUAUUCGUGCAAACUUCCCCGAACAUAGAUCAGCUUACCAGCUCAUGGAAUCCCGAGAAUCUAUGUUCGGGGGAAAAGUCCCCAAACACAGAUUAGCGAAUUAGCGACGAGCAAUUAGGGCUUAUUUUCGGGUUAGGGCUUAUUUCCAUAUCCUCCUGAAAAUAAGACAUCCUCCGAAAACAAGCCCUAGCUUAUUUUCAGGGGGUAUCUUAUUUUUAGGGAAAAACGGUAGUUCAAAAUUUCUUUUUCACAAUGUCUAGCUCAAGCUACUAGCCCAGAAAGAGUUAAAUAGUCAUGUAAACAGAAUCUCGAUAACAUCCAACCAUAGCAAACCACAUUCUCCUGUACAUAUUCCUGACCGGUUGCCAAGUCUUCUCAAUUUUAGCUAGGUACACGUUGACAGAGUAUAAUAAUAAUAUUUUUCAAUGCCAGUUUAAAAAUCAAAAGGUUUUUUUUUUAGCACCAUAUUUUUUGUUUUUAUUUUGUUGCUUAUAUGUGAAUAGCUAUUUAUUUUGCAAACAUUGUACAGUCGCUAAUGUGUGUGUGGUUAGAUAUCAACGUUUAUUUCUUGGGAAUAAAAAAAUUGUAAAUAUAAUUUCUUCUCAAUAAAUACAUUUUAAAUUAUGUUACAA